AUGCUAUUGUAUAAAGGUAUCACAAUUGAUACAUAUAACUGCUCAGGUGCUCUGGUGCGUGCUGCUCUGUUGAUGGUUGCAUGCGACAUCCCUGCUGCAAGAAAGACGUGUGGGUUUACAUCUCACAACAGCACAUGUGCAUGCUACAAAUGCAAUCGUCAGUUUGCUCGUGUUGAUGGGACCACUGCUGUAAACUAUUUUGGGCUUAAGUUUUCGGAAUGGGUAGGCCGCACAAAAGAAGAAAAUCGCAGACAUGCAAACCUGUGGAAGAAUGCAAAGACAUUGACAGAGAGAAAGCGAUUGGAGAUUGAGAAUGGUGUUCGUUGGUCUGAGCUUCAUCGACUUGUGUACUUUGAGCCAGUGCGUGCAACCAUUAUCGAUCCCAUGCACAACCUUUUUCUCGGGACUGCAAAACGAAUGAUGGAUAUUUGGAUUGCAAACAAUUUGCUUGAUGACAAAGAUUUUGUAGAGAUGCAGGAAGAGGCUAAUAGAAUGGUACUCCCUGUAGGGUAUACGACUCUGAAGAUAAAGAUUGGAAAGAAAUUUCCGUUUAUGAAGGCAGAUGAGUGGAAAUCAUGGUGCCUGAUAUACUCUCCUGUUCUGCUUAAGACACGCCUGCGAGAUGAUCUGCUUGGCAAUUGGAUCCAUUUUGUCGAUGCAUGCAGAGAAUUGACGAAGCCAAGUAUCACCAAAAAUGGGAUCAAAAAAGCUCACGAAAGUUUGGAGGAGUUCUGUGUUAGUUGUGAAGACUUUUAUAAACCAGAUGUAUUCACGCAAAACAUGCAUCUCCAUCUCCAUCUAAAAGAAACGAUUGAGGACUUUGGGCCAAUUUACGGAUUUUGGCUAUUUAGCUUUGAGCGCUAUAAUGGUGUAUUGAAAGGGUUUGAGACAAACCAGAAGAGUGGGUUCGAGAAUACCUACAUGAAAAGGUUUCUUGAGAGUUCUUACAAUGGUGACUUUUGUCAAGCGCAUCUCAGAAAUGUUACCAGCCCUUUACUCCUCUCUCUCUUUCUCAAGCUGUCUGGUUGUAAAAUCUAUAAUCCUGCACUUUCGCCACAUCCUUUGAUACCGUCAUUCUUUCACUUGCCAACGUUCCUACAAUCCACUGAAAAGCCUUCAAAGCAAACAUUUGGCAACGAAUCUCUACCUCUUUCUGCUCUACCAUUGUGUUUGAAGCCACCAACAACAAUGAGAAAAUCCGAGUAUGAUUGUCGGCUCGAUUUCUAUAAAAUUAAGUAUGACGAUGAUUCUCUUUGCAGUGCCAAGACAACAAUCAGGAAUUGUUGGUUUGUGAAUGACCGAAUCCAGAAGAUUUCGUCCAUCAAUCUUCUUGGACAAGUUUACACAGGUGGAGAAGGCUUGGUCGUGAGAGGAUCGCAUAUACAAGCGAAAUUUAUUGAAAAAAGUGGAGACUCUGAGGAAAGAUAUGCUGGUCGUAUUAAGUACUUGUUCUUGCACGAUUUUACACCAAACCUCACGCACACCAACCUUUCCCCUUGUCACAACCCCCAACAUGUAUUUGCCUUCGUUGAGUGGUACAAAAUUCCUCGCCAUCAACCUAGAAUCAAGCAGGGCAUCGAGUUGUAUGAGCCAGAAUUUCUGAAGUAUGACUACGACAACAUUCUGCCUGUCCACCGCAUCUUGUCGCCAAUUGCAAUUGGAAGUCAUGUGUCUGGUAGUGGUGCGGCAAAAGUCGUUGUUAUUCCUCUGCCAAGAAAGCUGUACGCUUAA